AUGGGCCCCAGCCAGUCAGCCUGCGCACAGACAGCUGGCACACUGAUCCCGCUUCGGUCUGCUGAUCGCGAGUCACAUGUGACGACAGAGCAGAAACUCGGGGAUCAGAAAAUUUCACGUGCUUCCGUGUCGGUGGAAGCUGCUCGUAAUAGCGUUGUUGAGCUGCGAGCCUACGACCAUGCACGCGCGGUCCGUGUGACUGCUAACCUCCCCCUUCUCUUUCCUUCAAAAGCGGUCCGUCCGCUUCGAUUCCGUAGGGAGGAGCGAGCGUUUGCUUCGAGCGCUCGCCCCGUCUCUCUAGAUCUUCACGGCGGCGAGAUAAACAUAUCAAUGGCGAGCGUUUCCGACGUCCUCGUUGUCGAUCUACUUCCUCGAUUCCGCUCCUCUCCGGCGAUUCCGCGACCCCUUGAUAUGUCUGGAUUUAGGGUUUCAGAGCGUCUCCCCGACGCGGAUUUUGAAGGACGCGAGAAUGACUGGGCGACGGAUGAUUUCCUCAUCGGAACCCCUUCGAUCGAGUUCUCCAGGGCCCUCCAGAUCGAUUCUGAAGGUCCAAGGCUUGUCGGUUUCGAGUCGGAUUCGGAAUCUGACGGGCAGCAAAUAGAUCUUGAAGAUUGCGAAGAACUUGAUCUGGAAGGUUCUGGUGAUCUAGGACUUCCGUGCCGCUGGGAAUGCCUCCAAUUGGGCGAAAAUAGGGGGGAGCAAAACGAGGAUUUCGAGUGGGAGGAGGUCGACGGACGCAUCGAUGAAAGGGACGCUCUUGGGGUUACAAUCAUCGGCGAAGAGGAGAGAUCUGAAGAGGUUAGGGAUUUGGUUCGCGAUGAACGUGGGGAUCAGGGAGACGGGGCAAGAUGGGAGGUUCUCUUAUCCGCCUAUAGUUUUGGCAGAAACGAAAUCGACUCUGUGGAUGUCGAAGCAUAUUAUGUCGAUGAACAAGAUGAAUUUGUCUAUACAUCUGAUAACGAGGAGGCCUACGAAGUCUUAUUUGAGCAUUUGGCCGAUCAUGAUAGCGACGUCAAGUGUAGUCCUGCCUCCAAAACGGUGAUUGAAAGCCUACCCUCAGUAAUUUUCACAGAAGAGGAUCUAGCGAACGAUAAUGCAGUCUGUGCAGUGUGUAAAGAUGGGAUUUUGGUGAAUGAGAUAGUCAAACGGCUGCCUUGUUCCCACCUUUAUCAUAAGGAGUGCAUCUUGCCUUGGCUGGAAAUUCGGAACACAUGUCCACUUUGUCGAUUUGAGUUACCAACAGAUUCAGAACAUGAGAAAUUGAAGGACAGGAGGUAUGAGGAGCUUCAGCUCAGAGAUAGGCAAGGAGAAGUGAAGUAUAUUGCAGAUAGGACAUGCAGUUGAGGAAAACUAAAUACGAGGAUUGUGGAGGGCUUUUUCUUGGGACAAGGAAGAUCUUACUUAGCUAGCGAGCAAUAAAGGGGAGAUUUAGUGCACCUGCAACCAAGCUGGCUUGCCUGUUCUUAAACUUUAAUUUGCUGUAGGAGUAACCCUACACGGAGGCAGACUUUGAUAGAAGCUUUUAUUCUCUUCACUGCUUUGUCAUGCUUACUGAGAACAACCAUCAGGCAUUCAACACCUUCAAAUGCUCUAUGUUCGCAACUUUUGUUCCCUAGCCACAUGCAGCAGCAGAUUCACCGGUUUCUCAUGGCAAUAUAAUUGCCUAAAGUUGAGGUCUUUCUGUAAACUUAUCAGAAUUCGAACAAACUUCUUUUUCACUCAAUCUUUUAGGAUCUAUUCGUAGUUCUGAUCUACAAUUGCUCUUGCAGAUCAAUUCUACUUUCAUUAUCCAAAACACCUCCCAGUAAACUGGAGAGUAUAAAGCAUCAUCAGUUUCUAUCAAGCAUAAAUGAGGAUUGCCCAUCACUGGAGAUUUUUGGAUUACUAAAGCCAAAUCGAAUGAGAUACAUAUUCGUGGAAUGCAGAUUACAUGUGGCAAAUGCGGAAUCGAAUUACCCAUAUGGUCCAUUGAUGAUCUAUGUGUUGUACAAAGUACUGGUGCAAUGAUGCUCUCGAAUGAUCAAAUUUCGAUUAAGCUAUUUUGAUGGGUUUGGUAAAGGGUUUAAGUUAUGCAAA